AUGGGCGGAUUCUAUAUGCAGUACCUCGAGAGCCUCUGCCGGCGUCGAGGAUGGACAGACCCCAUGUACGAAUGCUACCGGGAUCACAACGGUUACACUUGCCUGGUUCUUGUCAAUGGUCGCGAAUACCAGACAGAUCUUGCAUACGAAUCUGACGUCCUUGCCCAAGAGAACGCUGCCAUGCGUGCCUUCAUGGUCUGCCGCAACUUCUCUGUCAACGGGGGUAUGUUGGCUCGCAAUGGUAUCGUCCAAGGCCUCCCAGCCCAGGAAACAUCACGCCGCCGCAAGAGCCGUCACACAUCCUCACGAGACAGCGAUCGCCACAGCAGGCGAUCAGGACACCACUCUAGUAGUAGCUCGACUGCCUCAUUCGAUUAG